AUGAACAUUAGCAACCGAAGUCGCGCCUAUGUCUCUCAACGAAAGCGACGACGUGAGGAGCCCCUACCUCGUCAUACAACAUCUCAAGACAAUGAGUCGGCUGCACAGUCGAUUUGCAAAGUUUCAGCAAUGCAGGAAACAUCGUGGGCGCGUCAAGAGCGAGGAAUCGUAGUCGAAGGAGACGGUUCAAUUCCGCCUCCAAUCCUUAGUUUUUCAGAGCUUGUGCUCUUCCCAGACGCCAUUUCAGUGUUAAAUUUGCGUGGAAUAAUGAAUCCAUCAGCUGUGCAGGCUCAGGCUCUUCCUUGUAUCUUUCAAGGUCGUGAUGUGGUCGCUUUGGCUCCUACUGGCAGCGGAAAAACGUUGUGCUACAUUCUUCCAAUACUUGAAUUACUGCAACGACUGCAUGAUCAAUUUAGAUUCAAGCAGCACAUUGCAUCACCACUGAUUCCAACAUCACCUUGUGCAUUGGUCGUCUUGCCAACUCGAGAGCUUGUGGAUCAGGUGGUGCAAGACCUCUCAGAGUUUUUUCCCGGCUGGACAACUCCACCAGUCAUUGGAAUUUUCGGCGGUUUAUCAGUUGAUGCGCAGCUUUCUCGACUUCGUCAACAUACGCACGAUGCGACAGUCGUGGUGGCAACACCUGGUAGACUUUUACAUCUCAUAUUGCGUCAUCAAGCAACGCUGUCGCUUGGACAGAUUUCUCUACUAGUCGUCGAUGAAGUCGACAGGGUCCUGGAAGCUCCGGAUAUGGAGACGCAACUUCGUGAGAUUCUGCAGCUUGCAAAUCCUUCUGGACGGCAGACGUUGUUGCUUUCAGCGACGAUGCCAGUCUUUUUGCCACGAAUGGCACGGUCGGCAGUGCUCCGACCUGUCACAAUACGCGUCGAUGAAGCGUGUAUGCCAAGCCAAAAUGCAUCAGUGUUACGAUCUUUGCCGAAAGACAUAUCUGCAACGAUGCUAGCGCUCUCUUCGUCGUCCAAUGUGGUUCAUGAUGUGCAGUUCAUGCGCCCUGCAGAGAAACCGUUUCGUCUUCUGCGCGUAUUGCGCACCACUAAGCAACCACCAGUGUUAGUGUUUUGCAACUCGCACGUAAGUGUUGAGUGUGUAGCUCGUCUAUUGCGUAACGAGCAAUUUCAUGCCGCGCCACUACAUGGUGGUCAAUCCCAAGGAUAUCGCUCCCAAGCGUUGCGCGCCUUUCGAGCAGGCUACGUUGACGUCCUUGUGGCAACAGAUUUAGCCUCUCGAGGACUUGAUUUACCUGACGUUGAGAGUGUCGUGCUUUUUGACAUUCCACACACGAUUGAAGACUACAUGCAUCGCUGCGGUCGCACAGGACGACAUCCAGGGGGUGAUACUGGAGGUUCUAAUGUUUUGGGAAAGGCGAUCUCCUUUUUGACGCGCGAGUGCACCAUUGCCAUGGAGUUGAAGCAGUUUCUUCGAGCAGCUAGGCAGUCUGUGCCACGUGAGCUUGACAUACCAAAGAAUUUUGGUGCAGUCGACACUCAAGCUUCAGUAAGUACCUGA